UCUAACUGAAGCAUUAGCACUUCCUGAGUUUGUACCAGCCAGUUGGCCUUCAGACUUCAACUGGGACAUUCGCUCUGCAGAUUUGGACUUCGCCUGUAAACUUAUAAGGUGAAUAAGAGCCAUCCUAGUCUCCAUUCCUUUAUCAGAUUGAAAUAGCAUGCUGAAAGUUUCCCAUUGUCAUCUACAGAGCCAAAAUGAAGGGAAUACCUGAACAUCAUCUGUCCAGAAUGCCAGACAACACUGCCAUGAAGCAGCAAAAUUUGCCUGCCUAUCAACUACGUUUCUCAGCUACGGUAGUCCUGUCUAUUUUUUUUGGCACAGGAGUAUUCUGCCUUUGCAUGGGUGUCAUCCUUAUAUUGUCUGUGAAGAGCACCAAGAAAAUAGAGAUUAAUUACACAAAAAUAUGCUCAAAUUGUGCUCAAUUGCGGGAAAAUGCCUUUAACUUUGACAAAGAAUGCAUCUGCUCUAUACCCUUUUACCUUCCAGAGAAAAUGGAGGGUAAUGUUUAUAUGUACUACAAAUUGUCUGGCUUCUAUCAGAAUCUCUAUCGAUAUAUUCAAUCCAGAAGUAAUAAUCAACUGGUGGGUGAGGCUUUGAGGGAUGUUGAGGAUUGUGCUCCAUUCAAAGUGUCUCACCAUGGUACUCCCAUUGUUCCUUGUGGUGCUAUUGCCAACAGCAUGUUCAAUGAUACCAUAAUUCUUUCAUACAAACUUAAUUCAUCUAUGCAUAUUACAGUCCCAAUGCUAAAGAAUGGACUUACAUGGUGGACAGAUAAGUAUGUCAAAUUUCAGAAUCCAAGUUUCAAUAAUUUUUCUAGCAAAUUUGCAGGAAGCACAAAGCCCCCAUACUGGCCUAAACCAAUCUAUGAUCUGGAUAGAAACAAUGUAGAAAACAAUGGCUUCCUCAAUGAUGACUUCAUUGUCUGGAUGCGGACAGCUGCCUUUCCCACAUUCAAAAAACUGUACCGUAGACUCUAUCGAAUUCACUAUUUUACUGAAGGUUUGCCUGCUGGUAAUUACAGUUUCAAUAUAUCCUAUAAUUUUCCAGUAACAAGGUUCCAUGGAGAAAAAUCCGUUGUUCUUUCCACCCUGACAUGGUGUGGAGGUGGUGGCUUUUUCUUAGGAGUUGCCUACACAGUGACAGGAGCACUGACAUGGUUGGCCUCCUUUGCCUUAAUGGCAGUUCACUUGAUGUGGAAAAAAAAGAAAAUCGCCUACCAAAAGAAAAGUUAUGCUUUAAGAAGAAAAACGGAAAACAGAAAUGGACAAUGAAGUAACAGGCAAAGAAUUUCUGACGUGGCUUGAAAUGACUGAGAUAUUUCAAGGAGGGGAACUGGAUUGACUGAACAAAUACAAUCCCAGAAAAAUAAACAAUGAGAAUUUCAGAGGUGGGGAGGGCUGAAAGUAGAAGAGGAAUAGAAGGUGGGAGGACGAGAAGGAGAAGGAAUAUUUGUAUGUAGUAAAAUGUUCUUGGAAAGGAAACAAUAAAUCAUCCUGAGUUCUAAA